AUGGCGCAGGAGUUCGCGAAGGUGCUCGGCCUCGACAAGGACGGGAAUGUGAAGCUGCAGGAUGUCAAGGAUGUCUUCAUGGAAAAGCUGGAGCCACCGAUGCCCGAGGACGAGGCCGACGCUCUCCUGAGGCCGGCGAUGAAGCACGCUGGCCAGGACGAGGAGCAU